AUGGCCGAUAUGGGCCGGACAAAAAGUAACCACGAGUUGUGUUUGAUUUGCCGGCAUUUCCAGAAAUGCCGGCAAAUAGUAACCACGAGUUGUGUUUGAUUUGCCGGCAAUUCUUAGAUGCCGGCAAAUCUUAAAUGUGGGCAAAUCUUACUUAUUGUUCAAUUAAAAUACCAGAGGAUAUAGAGGUCAAAAAAGUCAAGUUAUCUUAAUUGACAAAAGGGUUUGACAAAAAACAUGGCAGUUUUACUUGCAACGUGCAUUAUUAAUGACAUUAAACAGAACCGAAGCCACGUGGUAUAAAUUCGCCUGUCCCGAGCCACUUACUUGUCGUGUACACUGCUAAAAGUUUAACAACUAGAAGUUCAGACAUUACUCUAUGCGAUGAACGAGAACAUGGAUGUAAACGAUUUUAUUUGGGACUACGCUCUUAAGGGAAUAUCAUACAAGUGUAUUUCUACUCUACUCUCAUCAGUGCACAGUGUACAUUUAAGCCCUAAUGCCAUUAAAAAACGAAUGCAUCGACGAGGAUGUCCACGAAAACGCGGUUCAAUCGAGGUAUCUGAUCAUGAAAUAAAGAGUGCAAUCACGGAAAUUGAUUCGAAGCCAUACACAGUCGGUUAUAGAUGUAUGUAUGACACGUUGCGAAUGAGAGGACUCCAGGUUCGAAGAGACUCGGUAAUGCAGUUUAUGAAAGAAAUAGAUCCCAUCGGAUGUGAGUUCAGAAGAAGACGUAGAAUUAUACGUCGAAUUUAUAAAUCUAGUGGCCCGAAUGAUACUUGGCAUAUUGACGGAUAUGACAAACUGAAGCCGUAUGGGUUGUCUAUUCAUGGUUGCAUCGAUGGAUACUCCAGAAAAAUCAUGUGGUUGCGUGUUGGGUCAUCUAACAAUGACCCUACUGUGAUAGCAAGAUACUACCUGAGGUGCGUGAUGGAAUGUGGUGGCUGUCCCUCUCUGCUUCAAUCGGAUCCUGGCACAGAAAACGUCUUGGUAGGCAGUUUGCAGUCUCUCUUUGUUAAUUCCGAAGAUGGAUUUAAGAUUGUUCGUUCGGCAUUCAAUCAGAGAAUAGAAGCAUGGUGGAGUAUGUUACGAAGACGAUUUACAAGUUGGUGGAUAGAUUUUUUUCGCGAUCUUGCUUCGUUCAAUUCAUUUGAAAUUGGUAACGAAAAUGAUAUUCGGUGCAUACGGUUCUGUUUUUCGUCACUUAUACAAAGAGAACUUGACGAAGUAAAAAAUACCUGGAACCAUCAUCAUAUUUCCCACUCACGCCAAGCUGUAGUUCCCAAUGGAAAACCCAUCAUUUUGUACAACGCACCAGAAGUUACAGGAGGAAAAAAUUGCUUAAAAGUGGUGAAUGAAGAUGAUUUGCAGUGGGCAUUUACUCAGUGCUCAGAUGAUUCCAUAUCUGGAUCUCAAGACUUUGACGACGAAGCAGGGCGAAUCUUAAAUGCUACAACAUCAACGCAGCCCGAGUCAUGGGAAGAAUGUCUUGAACGUUACUUCCAGUUGAGCCGUGAGAACAUAAUAAAAUGCGGAUGUGUUUGAGGCGGAGGGGGAUGGGUAGAAAAGAAGGGGAAUGUGAUAUUCACAUUUAUCAUAAAAUAGAGCAAGUCAGUAAACAUCUCAUAUUUUUUAAUAUGUCACUUUGUUAUAAAGGAAUACUAAGUCCCGCGAACGAUCUAGUGUAUCAAUAACCAUGCAUACAAAAUAAUUCACUUCAU